UUACAGCGCCCGUGAAGCCCCUGGCCAAGCCCACUGCAACUCCGCCGUUAGGACGAGUCGGGAAGCUCCCCCGCGUCCCCCUAAUGGAGGGGCAAAUAGUUGGGUUUACGGCUAGAUACAGUGCCUAGCGGAUAUUGCAAUGCCUAUAUUCCACCAAAUAAUACCGUACCCGCAAUCUACAGCACGCUACGCACUACCCAGAGCGCCCUGAUCGGCAACGUACCUCGGCCUGUAGAGCAGGGGUAGGAGUAGAGCAGGUGGGACGGAUUCAAUGAAAACAGAACACCAUCCCCGUGGCUGGCAUUUUCUCCUUAACUUUCUUUUCAGCUUCUCAACGUGGCUUGCCUUAUAGAUUUCUUUUCAUCUCCGCCUGUUCGCCUCUAGACUUCUCGAAUUUCUAUAGGCCAUCAUACAUUUCCAACAUCGAAAGCAACAUUUACCAUGGCGCGCGUCGAGCAUCAUGAUGUGAUCAUCAUUGGCGCCGGCCUAUCGGGUAUCAACACGGCACACACCAUGAAGACGGACAUGCCCCAUCGCAAGGUCGUCAUUCUGGAGGCACGCGAUGUUUGCGCUGGCACCUGGAGCUUCUUCAAGUAUCCCGGUUUCCGCUCCGACUCCAGUCUCACCACCUUUGGCUUCAAGUGGUAUCCCUGGAACAGAGAUAACCUGAUUGCUCAAGGGCCCGAUAUCGCAAAAUACAUUGAGGAAGCUUCCAAGCUUGACGGCUCCUGGGAGAAGAUCCGCUUCAACCACAAGGUCGUUGCUUGCGAUUGGACCACAGAGGACGCCAAAUGGACUCUGGCAGUCGAGCACAACGGCGAAGUCACCCACUACACUGCCAACUUUGUUCUGUCAUGCGCCGGCUACUACUCAUACACACAGGCACUCGAUUCUCCCAUCGAGGGCCUCGACAGGUUCCAGGGCAAGGUUAUCCAUCCUCAGUGGUGGGACGAGUCUUACGACUACACCAACAAGCGUGUCGUCGUCAUUGGCUCUGGAGCCACUGCCAUCACCAUUGUCCCAGCGCUGGCAGAAAAGGCCGCCAACGUCAUCCAACUUCAACGCAGUCCGUCCUACGUGAUCCCAAGACCCAACCGAUCCAGACUCCUCACUGUCUUGCGCUGGUUCGUCCCCAUCUCGUGGGCUCACACCGUCGCCUGGUGGAUGCACACUGUUAGCGAGAGUAUCCAGACACAGACCUUUAUUCGCAACCCGCGCUUCGCCAGAUGGGUUAUCCGCUUCAUUAUGAAGCUGAAGAUCCCCAAGAAAAUCGACGCCAAUGUCCACUUCAACCCGCGAUACAACCCCUUUGAGCAGCGCCUUUGCAUUUGCCCCGACAAUGAGUACUUUGACGCCCUAGCCCGAGACAACUGCCAGGUCGUGACGGAUACAAUCAAGACUGUAACCGAAGACGGUAUUCUGCUUAACUCUGGCGAAAAGCUCGACGCCGACCUAAUUGUUACUGCUACCGGCCUCCACUUCCAGGUUUUCAACGGUCUCUACCCUGUGGUAGACGGCAAGAAGAUCGUCCCUGGCGAAAACUACGCCUGGAGAGGCUGUAUGCUGGAGCACCUGCCCAACAUGGCCUUCAUCAUGGGCUAUGUCGGUCAGUCCUGGACUCCAGGCUCCAUGAUUACUGGCAUGACUGCCGUCCACAUCAUGAAGACCAUGGAGAAGAAACAUGCCAAGAUUGCCACCCCAACUCUUGAGCACUUCGAGGGUAUGCCUGAGGGCAUGGCUCUUGACAGUACUGCCAACUACUUCCUCAAGGCCAUUCCCCGUAUUCCCAAGUCUCUUGGCCAGGGCGUGUGGUACGGACGAACACAUCUUAUCAAGGACGUCUGGGAGUACUUCCUCACAAAGGUUGACCGAGACAUCGUCUACAGCGGCAUCUCGGACAAGAAGACGGUAUAAAAUGAGAGCCGGACGCUAGCAAUGAACGAACACAAUAUCUCCUUAUAGUACUUGACA